CUUUGGUUACUCCCGUCAACUUGAUGACCGUAAAAACUAACCUAACCAUCAAUUCAUCGACUAGUAGCAACAAGAGCCACCGAAAAGAUGGCAACAAAAGGAGAAGAAAAGGAAGAAAUUCCUCAGAAAAUGGAGGAAGCAGCGAGCGAAGCUACGAGCGAGUCUAAGACUGACUUUUUGGCGACCGUGAACGAGAUACUGAAAAGCCAGGAAGACCCUGAGGAGGAGGAGGAGGAAUCAGGCGAAACAGUCAGCUUCAAAGUGAUCUUCUGCAAAACCAAGCACGAGGUCGAGUUUGGCUUGGAUAAAACAAUCCUCAAACUUAAAAAUCACCUUCAAGAUAUCAUUGGCGUUCCAGCCUCCAUGCAGAAGUUGAUGAUCAAAGGUCUGGCGCAGGACGAGCAGACCCUGCGAAGCCUCGGAGUGAGCAAGGGCGCCAAGGUUCUGGUGGUCGGCUCAAAGCUGGACGACGUCAUCGCAGUGUCAGCGGCGUCGCCGCGGGACAUAGCAGCCUCCGAGGGCAAUGUCAAAGAGAAAGAGUCCUAUUGCUCCAUGGCGAUUCACAAAAAGGUGCUCGACAAGGGCAUUCCUGACGAGGCCAUGCCCGGCAUUAAAGGAGUAAAGGAGGCUCUGCCAUCCAUUCCGCUGUACGGGAUGCUCAACAAGCAGGGCAAGAAGGUGAGACUGACUUUCAAGAUGGAGCUGGACCAGCUGUGGAUCGGCACGCUGCAACGCACUGACAGGGUGCCCAUGAACUCAAUCAAGGCCGUCGUUAGCGAACCUAUUACAGGCUAUGAGCAGUACCACAUUUUGGCGCUUCAGUUGGGUCCGACGGAGGCGUCUCGCUACUGGAUCUACUGGGUGCCGGCGCAGUACGCGGACGCAAUCAAGGACGCCAUCCUGGGCAAGUGGCAGUACUUUUAGGUUAGGUGCCACACACAGAAAGCAACAAACAGACUGUCUAUUGGGAAGCAGCUGUGAUCUUACGAGAAAAAUCGCGAACUCUAUUGUUACCCGCGGCUUGAUGCAUUCGAGUGCCCGCAAGACUCCUCCCGCGCCCCCUCCUACCACUGAUUAUGCGUUGUUUCGUGCCUGCAGCAGAGAGCAAAGUGUUGUUUGAAUGCCAUUUUUAUUUUACACAGUAUGAUUUUUGCAAUGUGGAAAGUAAUAAAUUUUUUACUUCUUAAAUGCAA